ACCAUUUUAACCGAGGAGCUAAAGCUAUCCCUACACAGAGCUGUCCUUGGAUUUCCCCUGCCAAGUACUCAUGUUUUCAGGUCUUACCCUCAACUGUGUCCUGCUGCUGCUGCAACUACUACUUGCAAGGUCAUUGGAAAAUGCUUAUGUGUUUGAGGUUGGUAAGAAUGCCUAUCUGCCCUGCAGUUACACUCUAUCUACACCUGGGGCACUUGUGCCUAUGUGCUGGGGCAAGGGAUUCUGUCCUUGGUCACAGUGUACCAACGAGUUGCUCAGAACUGAUGAAAGAAAUGUGACAUAUCAGAAAUCCAGCAGAUACCAGCUAAAGGGCGAUCUCAACAAAGGAGACGUGUCUCUGAUCAUAAAGAAUGUGACUCUGGAUGACCAUGGGACCUACUGCUGCAGGAUACAGUUCCCUGGUCUUAUGAAUGAUAAAAAAUUAGAACUGAAAUUAGACAUCAAAGCAGCCAAGGUCACUCCAGCUCAGACUGCCCAUGGGGACUCUACUACAGCUUCUCCAAGAACCCUAACCACGGAGAGAAAUGGUUCAGAGACACAGACACUGGUGACCCUCCAUAAUAACAAUGGAACAAAAAUUUCCACAUGGGCUGAUGAAAUUAAGGACUCUGGAGAAACGAUCAGAACUGCUAUCCACAUUGGAGUGGGAGUCUCUGCUGGGUUGACCCUGGCACUUAUCAUUGGUGUCUUAAUCCUUAAAUGGUAUUCCUGUAAGAAAAAGAAGUUAUCGAGUUUGAGCCUUAUUACACUGGCCAACUUGCCUCCAGGAGGGUUGGCAAAUGCAGGAGCAGUCAGGAUUCGCUCUGAGGAAAAUAUCUACACCAUCGAGGAGAACGUAUAUGAAGUGGAGAAUUCAAAUGAGUACUACUGCUACGUCAACAGCCAGCAGCCAUCCUGACCGCCUCUGGACUGCCACUUUUAAAGGCUCGCCUUCAUUUCUGACUUUGGUAUUUCCCUUUUUGAAAACUAUGUGAUAUGUCACUUGGCAACCUCAUUGGAGGUUCUGACCACAGCCACUGAGAAAAGAGUUCCAGUUUUCUGGGGAUAAUUAACUCACAAGGGGAUUCGACUGUAACUCAUGCUACAUUGAAAUGCUCCAUUUUAUCCCUGAGUUUCAGGGAUCGGAUCUCCCACUCCAGAGACUUCAAUCAUGCGUGUUGAAGCUCACUCGUGCUUUCAUACAUUAGGAAUGGUUAGUGUGAUGUCUUUGAGACAUAGAGGUUUGUGGUAUAUCUGCAAAGCUCCUGAACAGGUAGGGGGAAUAAAGGGCUAAGAUAGGAAGGUGAGGUUCUUUGUUGAUGUUGAAAAUCUAAAGAAGUUGGUAGCUUUUCUAGAGAUUUCUGACCUUGAAAGAUUAAGAAAAAGCCAGGUGGCAUAUGCUUAACACUAUAUAACUUGGGAACCUUAGGCAGGAGGGUGAUAAGUUCAAGGUCAGCCAGGGCUAUGCUGGUAAGACUGUCUCAAAAUCCAAAGACGAAAAUAAACAUAGAGACAGCAGGAGGCUGGAGAUGAGGCUCGGACAGUGAGGUGCAUUUUGUACAAGCACGAGGAAUCUAUAUUUGAUCGUAGACCCCACAUGAAAAAGCUAGGCCUGGUAGAGCAUGCUUGUAGACUCAAGAGAUGGAGAGGUAAAGGCACAACAGAUCCCCGGGGCUUGCGUGCAGUCAGCUUAGCCUAGGUGCUGAGUUCCAAGUCCACAAGAGUCCCUGUCUCAAAGUAAGAUGGACUGAGUAUCUGGCGAAUGUCCAUGGGGGUUGUCCUCUGCUCUCAGAAGAGACAUGCACAUGAACCUGCACACACACACACACACACACACACACACACACACACACACACACACACACACACAUGAAAUGAAGGUUCUCUCUGUGCCUGCUACCUCUCUAUAACAUGUAUCUCUACAGGACUCUCCUCUGCCUCUGUUAAGACAUGAGUGGGAGCAUGGCAGAGCAGUCCAGUAAUUAAUUCCAGCACUCAGAAGGCUGGAGCAGAAGCGUGGAGAGUUCAGGAGCACUGUGCCCAACACUGCCAGACUCUUCUUACAGAAGAAAAAGGUUACCCGCAAGCAGCCUGCUGUCUGUAAAAGGAAACCCUGCGAAAGGCAAACUUUGACUGUUGUGUGCUCAAGGGGAACUGACUCAGACAACUUCUCCAUUCCUGGAGGAAACUGGAGCUGUUUCUGACAGAAGAACAACCGGUGACUGGGACAUACGAAGGCAGAGCUCUUGCAGCAAUCUAUAUAGUCAGCAAAAUAUUCUUUGGGAGGACAGUCGUCACCAAAUUGAUUUCCAAGCCGGUGGACCUCAGUUUCAUCUGGCUUACAGCUGCCUGCCCAGUGCCCUUGAUCUGUGCUGGCUCCCAUCUAUAACAGAAUCAAAUUAAAUAGACCCCGAGUGAAAAUAUUAAGUGAGCAGAAAGGUAGCUUUGUUCAAAGAUUUUUUUGCAUUGGGGAGCAACUGUGUACAUCAGAGGACAUCUGUUAGUGAGGACACCAAAACCUGUGGUACCGUUUUUUCAUGUAUGAAUUUUGUUGUUUAGGUUGCUUCUAGCUAGCUGUGGAGGUCCUGGCUUUCUUAGGUGGGUAUGGAAGGGAGACCAUCUAACAAAAUCCAUUAGAGAUAACAGCUCUCAUGCAGAAGGGAAAACUAAUCUCAAAUGUUUUAAAGUAAUAAAACUGUACUGGCAAAGUACUUUGAGCAUAUUUAAA